UUUGGGGUUUUUUGGGGGUUUUGGGGGUUCCGGGAGGCCCCGGGGGGGUCCCGGGGCCAUGGCGGGGGAGAAGGUGACGACCGUGAGGGACGUGUUCCUGUUCGUGCCCAACCUGAUCGGCUACGCGCGGGUGCUGCUGGCCGCCGUGUCCCUCGGGCUGAUGCCGGCCCGGCCGGGCCCCGCCGCCGCCUGCUACGCGCUGGCCGCGCUGCUGGACGCCGUGGACGGGCACCUGGCGCGGCUGCUGGGGCAGGGGUCGCGGCUGGGCGCCAUGCUGGACAUGCUGACGGACCGGCUGAGCUCCGUCUGCCUGCAGCUCAACCUGGCGCUGCUCUACCCGCGCUGGGCGGGGCUCUUCCAGCUCAGCAUCGCCCUCGACGUGGCCAGCCAUUGGCUGCACAUGCACUGGUGGGCGGGGCUUGGCCGGGCGGGGCCUGGGGCGGGGCCGGGAGGGGGAAAAAUGGGGAAAAAAUGGUGGGAAAUGGAG